AUGGCGUCUGAUCCGACUGCAGUGAAGGGAGACGCUGCUCCCGCAUCCUCACAAGCCCCGCCUCUUUCGCCAAACGCUAAACCACCCGAGCUGCCAGAUGAGUUGGUCCAGGCUGGCUGGUCCAAAUGCUGGAGUCGUCGGGAGAAUCGUCCGUAUUACUUCAACAGAUUCACUAAUCAGAGUCUGUGGGAAGUCCCAGUGCUUGGGCAGCAUGACGUCAUUUCGGACCCUCUGGGGCUUAAUGCUGCACCUGCUGAAGGAGGAGACUCUAAUGGCAGAAAGAGGAGGAUCUCUGAGGAGCAGAGCAGCAACAAGAGACCCAAGGUGGAACCCUCGACGCCCAUCUCUCCCUCCACACCUGGAGUCAAACCCUGGACAGAAGAAAAACAGACUCCGCCCACUCCCUCCACGCCCACUCCUGCCCCCUACAGGCCGGCAGUUAUUUAUUGGGACCUGGAUGUCCAGACGAAUGCAGUCAUCAGGGAGCGUCCUCCUGCGUCUCUUCUUCCUCCUCAUCCUGAGAUCGAACUGCAGAGGGCACAACUGGUCACCAAACUGAGACAGCACUACACCGAGCUGUGUCUGCAAAGAGAGGGCAUAGAGCCUCCUCGUGAGUCCUUCAACCGCUGGCUCCUGGAGAGGAAGGUGAUCGAUAAAGGGUCUGACCCCUUACUGCCCAGUGACUGUGACCCAGCCAUCUCCCCCUCCAUGUUCAGAGAGGUCAUGAACGACAUCCCCAUCAGAUUGUCUCGGAUCAAAUACAAAGAAGAAGCUCGUAAACUUCUGUUUAAAUACGCAGAGGCGGCAAAGAAGAUGAUCGACUCCAGGAACGCGAGUCCAGAGAGCAGGAAGGUGGUCAAGUGGAACGCAGAGGACACCAUGAACUGGUUGAGACGAGACCACUCUGCAUCUAAAGAGGAUUACAUGGAUCGCCUGGAGCAUCUCCGCCUGCAGUGUGGACCUCACGUCGCUGCUGUGGCCAAAGACUCAGUGGAAGGAAUUUGUUCAAAGAUUUAUCAGCUGUCAGCUGAGUACAGCAGGAGACUCAGGCAGACCCACCUCAGCCUGAUCCAAGCCCCUGCUGCUGACCCAGAGCCUGAUGCCAGUGCCCGGCUCGUCUACUGCUACCCCCUCCGUCUCUCCACACCCUCCCCCACUCUCCCACGGGUCGAGCUUCACUUUGAGAAUGACGUGGCCUGUCUUCGCUUCAAGGGAGAGAUGGUCAAAGUGAACCGAGGCCACUUCAGUAAGCUGGAGCUGUUGUAUCGUUACAGCUGCAUUGAUGAUCCACGAUUCGACAAGUUUCUGUCCAGAGUUUGGUGUUUACUCAAGAGAUACCAGGUGAUGUUUGGCUCGGGCUGUAAUGAGGGCACUGGCCUGCAGGGGGCGCUCCCGGUCCCAGUCUUUGAAGUUCUUCACAAACACUUUGGUGUCUCGUUUGAGUGUUUUGCGUCUCCGCUGAACUCUUACUUCAAACAGUUCUGCUCCGCCUUUCCUGACAUUGAUGGCUUCUUCGGGUCCAGAGGACCGUUCCUGUCCUUCUCUCCCGUCAGCGGCUCCUUUGAGGCCAAUCCUCCAUUUUGUGAAGAAUUCAUGGACGCCAUGGUUACACACUUUGAGACCCUGCUGUCCUCGUCCUCAGAGCCCCUGUCCUUCUCGGUCUUCGUCCCAAACUGGAGGGAGCCCCUGACCCCUGCUCUGAGCCGGAUGGAAUCCAGUCGUUUCCUCCGUGAACAGAUCCACGUGGAGGCCUAUGAGCAUGAGUACAGGUCGGGCUCUCAGCACCUGUGUAAGAGAGAGGACAUGUCUUAUCGGGCUGUCCAUGGCUCCACCGUCCUGUUUCUACAAAAUGAUGCUGGUUUUUCAAAAUGGCCACCGUCGCCGGAGCGAGUGUCUGAACUGUGCGCUGCCUUUAAACCCUCCAGGCCAAAUCCGGCCCCCCAGGCCUCAGACCCUGCCCCCAAGACCACGCCCAGUAACCAUGACAACCAUGACAACAGUCAUGACGAUAAUAACAAUAAUAGCAGCAGCAGCAGCUCCAGCCCUGGAGACAAGACAGCCGUCGUGUAA